CCUACUCGGUCUUAACUCAGUCUCUGCCCUGCAUUGACUCAACCAAAACUCGCUGUUGAAUCCAACUACUCUUACAAAGAAACGGCAAUCUAGGAUAGUUCUCUAUUAAUAGUAGCAGAAGAUAAUAUAUCUUGUAUUUAGCUGUGAGAUUAAUUUUAGCGUAAGCUGUGGCCUUGCGUGUAUUUGAAUUAUUUCACUAAAACUACGCGUACAAAAACAUAAAUAUUGCCUUCUCUCUCCCUCUUUUAAGUGCUGUUUUUUGCAUAUAAAUUUCCAUCUUUUAAGCAACACCGUCUCUUGGAAGAAAAUCACAGAUUGUGAAGAAUGGGAUCGUCUCAUGAAUCAGCUUCUGUUGAAUUUGCGUCUUUGAUGGAGCUUGGAUCUGGGAAUUAUGGGUGCUCACACUAUCGGAGGAGAUGCAAGAUUAGAGCACCUUGUUGUGGUGAAAUAUUUGAUUGCAGGCAUUGCCAUAAUGAAGCUAAGAAUUCACUUGAAAUCGAUGCUCUUGACCGCCAUGAUAUUCCACGCCAUGAAGUUGAAAAGGUCAUCUGCUCUCUAUGUGACACAGAACAAAAUGUACAACAGAAUUGCAUAAACUGCGGCAUUUGCAUGGGGAAGUACUUCUGUGAAAAAUGCAAAUUCUUUGAUGAUGAUAUAUCGAAGAAUCAAUACCACUGUGCUGAAUGUGGAAUUUGCAGAACUGGAGGCAAGGAGAAUUUCUUCCACUGCAACAAAUGUGGAUGUUGCUAUUCGAAGUUCAUGAAGGAUGCACAUUGUUGCGUGGAAAGAGCAAUGCACCACAAUUGCCCUAUUUGCUUUGAGUUUCUAUUUGACACAAUGAAAGAUAUCACUGUCUUGCGCUGUGGACACAUAAUACAUUUGGAAUGUUUGAAAGAGAUGGAGAUGCAUUAUCGGUACUCUUGUCCUGUAUGCUCAAAGUCCAUUUGUGACAUGUCCAGUUUGUGGUCAAAGAUUGAUCAAGAGAUUGCCUCGACUCCAAUGCCUGAAAUUUACCAAAACAAGAUGAUAUGGAUUCUGUGCAACGAUUGCAGGGCAAACUCGCACGUUCAAUUCCACAUAGUAGCACAUAAAUGCCUCAGCUGCAAGUCGUACAAUACGAGACGGACGCGAGGAGAGGCCGCGACUUCGUGCUCAUCUGAGAUGCCAGAGAUGGUGAGAUGACCAGUUCUUGAUGAAAGCAUGUGUUUCCAAUAACAGGAACAGGCCUAAACAGCAUGAGAAAGAACAUCUGUAUUUCUGAAUCACACUCCAUCUCAAUGAUAUCUCAGUAAAUACACAUUGCUAAUUGGGAAAUUAUACCAAAUUACACCUUGUUAUAACCACAAAUACAUAUAUUCAGUUUCUUUCUUUUAUCUAUACCCAAAA